AUGAAAGUAAUCUUGCUGCUCCUCGCGGUCCUCCCGCUCUCCCUCGCCAUUCCCAAGUCCUCCAAGCCCGCACCCGCCUGCAGCAUCUCCACAAAGAAGGGCAAGCCAGUCCGACCCUCAAAGACAGUCGUGACCAGCUCCGCGAGACCGACCGUCAUCGAUCAGCUCUGCGGCUCCCGCGGCCUUCCUCCCUGUCCAGAUGGCUACGACUGCGUAGCCCGUGAAGGCUCUACCUGCGGACCCGAGACCGACUGCCCAGGCAUUUGCGUCUUGCCGCCGGCCAGUCCACCGCCGUGCGGCACAACUGUCGCGCCCACACCGUCUCCAUCGAAGGUCUCAUGCGGCACCUUGCAAGGCAUCCAAUGUCCUCCCGAGCUGAUCUGCAUCAGCGAUCCUGAUAGCGGUGGAUGCGGCCUCGCGUGCGAUGAGCCGGGUAUCUGUGUCGAGCCGACGUUUUGUGGAGGGUUUGGUGGGCUGCCGUGCCCAGCGGGCAUGGAGUGCGUUGAUGACUGGAGAGACGACUGUGAUCCGUUGAAUGGCGGUGCUGACUGUGGCGGCGUUUGUAUAUGA